UCGACGAAAAUCAUUGUUUGUGUGAUUUGCAGUUUGAGACAAGAUUCUACUCUGUUCCUUACGUUUUCCAAUUGAAGAUCGUCAAAAAUGUCGUCUAGCUACGAUAGAGCCGUUACAAUAUUUUCACCCGAUGGUCAUUUACUUCAAGUAGAGUACGCCCAAGAAGCCGUUCGAAAAGGAUCGACAGCGGUUGGUGUUCGUGGUAAAAAUGUUGUCGUCUUGGGCGUUGAAAAGAAAUCCGUUGCAAAACUACAAGAAGAACGAACCGUUCGCAAGAUUUGUUUACUGGACAGCCAUGUCGUUAUGGCCUUUGCUGGAUUAACAGCCGAUGCUAGAAUUUUGAUUAAUCGGGCUCAGGUUGAAUGUCAGAGUCAUAAGCUAAGCGUUGAAGAUCCGGUAACAUUGGAAUACAUUACCCGUUACAUUGCUGGUCUAAAACAAAAGUACACACAAAGUAACGGACGUCGACCAUUCGGAAUAUCAUGUUUAAUUGGUGGAUUUGAUUAUGACGGUCAGGCACAUUUAUAUCAAACAGAACCGUCUGGCAUUUAUUACGAAUGGAAGGCCAAUGCCACCGGCAGAUCUGCAAAGACUGUGAGAGAAUUUUUGGAGAAGUUCUACAAGCCGGAAGAGGUUGAAUCAGAAGAUGGUGCCGUCAAAUUGGCGAUUAAAGCCCUGUUGGAAGUUGCUCAAUCCGGUCAAAAGAAUUUAGAGGUGGCUGUUAUGGAACGAAACAAACCGCUGAAAAUGCUGGAUGCAAACACAAUCGAAAAGUACGUAACGAUCAUCGAGAAGGAGAAGGAAGAGGAAGCCGAAAAGAAGAAACAGAAGAAGUAAAGUCACGUAUGGUUUUUCAAUUUGAUUUUAUAUUUAAAUUCGGUUCCAAUAAAAUGCUUUUUGAUCUUUCGGAAUUGGUGAA